UGAUUGUAUAGUGUCAUAAGAGGACUCAGCAGUCAGCAAUAUGUAUUUUUAAUUUUGUCAAAUAGUAACGAAUUAUCGUAUUAAAAGAGAAAUAGGUGACCUGCGUAACAGUGUGUUUAGCGGGAACAUUGCUAGCGCACCGAGAGGACGCAGCCCAAGACUUCUUCCAGCAUGUUCUACGGAUCCCCAACCCGGAUAAAGUCCUGAACACAAUCCUGGGCAGACUUGAGAGGAAUCGCCAAAUGGCAGCUAGGUUUAAACAGCGCGAUAAUGAGGAAGAUUGCGAUGAAUCUGAUGAGUCACUACCGGAGUACACAGAAUCAUUACAAGCCUCGCGAGAGAGGGAGAUGCGUCAAUUGGGUGCUCAGGCUUUCCAGAAACACUAUCCAAUUUGCCACUUGGAGAGGAAGAUCCAGCGACUGAACACCAAUGAGUUCGAGUACCGGCCAGCUUAUUAUGAGGAGAUAACGUGCACCACAUCUGUUGCUGAUGAAAUUGGAGUCACUAAUGAGAUAUGCUCGAGUCUUGGGUUCUCGUGCGUACAGUGGAACAAAACUAUACAUUUAACAAGACGACGGUAUUCCAGUGACUGCUGGGAGACCCUGACGAUGGUGAUCCCCGCAGGCUGUGAGUGCAUGUGGCCGGUCCACAAACUUGGUGACAUGUCCCUCCACGUAUAGACCCCACCCCAAUUAACCAUUACAACCACGACAAGUUGUGAUAAAUGUUUUUAUUUCCUGUUA